AUGACUGCGCUCGAGGCCAUCUCACAAGGCACGCCUUUGGCCGGUAUUCCUUCUUUCACCUCGAUUGAGAAGCAGCGACAUUGGAUGCUGGAACACAUGGCUGGCGCUUUUCGAGUGUUUGCCCGCAAGGGUUACACUGAGGGCAUGAGCGGCCAUAUCUCUCUCCGGGAUCCUGAGGACCCCCAUACGUUCUGGACCAACCCUCUUGGAAAGUACUUUGGAUUACUCACCGCGGGUGAUAUGAUUCUCGUCAAUUACGAAGGCAAGGCUGUCGGCGGCAACACGUCCCGCCCUGCAAAUGCCGCUGGCUUUUUGAUCCACGGAGCACUUCAUAAAGCUCGGCCGGACGUCAAUGCUGCCUGUCACACCCACUCUCCAUAUGGAAAGGCUUGGUCAACCUUUGCCCGGCCGGUGGAAAUGCUCAACCAGGAUGCGUGCAUGUUCUACGGAGAAACACAGGCGGUCUACGAUCAAUUUGGUGGCAUCGUCUUCUCCGAUGAGGAGGGUGAAAGACUAGCCACUGCAUUGGGUCCGAAGGGCAAGGCUAUGAUUCUCCGCAACCAUGGCUUGUUGACCGUCGGGUCUACUGUGGACGAGGCUGCCUAUCUUUUCACUCUGCUCGAGAGAUCUUGCGAAGUGCAACUGAUGGUUGAGGCUGCUGCUGCCAAUGGCAUUCCCAAGCAAUACGUUGGUGACGCGGAAGCCGCUUACACCCAUAAGAUGGUAAACGACGCUGUAAGUGCAUGCCUCAUCCCAAAACCCUUUCACUUGGAAGAUUAA